AUGCCCCUGGUGCAGUCCUCCGAGUUCCGCAGCGUGCGCAUCGUGUUCGACGGCGAGUUCCGGCGGGUUAAGAAGGACGAGGAGCGAUUCCGCAUCUUCUUCCUCAACCUCUUCGGGAGGCGAUAUCCGACCGUCCGCUGGCACAACGUCACCGCGUCCGAAGGGAGUGUUGUGGUGGAUGCCGUGAUAACGGGGGUGAGCGAGGAGCUGGAGAGGACUGCGGAGAACCUGGCCCGGGAUAUCGGCAGCGGGCGGGCGGAUAUCCGGUACGAGGACAACCGGCCCUGGAAAGCCAGUUCCGUCUUCAUGCCCUCCAGGAGGCUCCUGGAGGAGGAGGACGGUGCGGAGGCGAAGGAGGAGGCGGGGCUGUCGGUGGCCUGGAUCGUCGCCAUCGUCAUCAACGUCGUCCUCAUCGUCGUCUUCGUCAUCGCCAUCGUCUACUGCUACUGCCGGAGAAAGAAACAGAGGGAGCUGGCGCGGACCGCGGUCCGCGGGCGCUUCCAGGGCGGCCCGGAGCCCCUGUUGUUCGCCACGAAGGCCGCCGCCGAGGGCAAGGCGCCCUUCCAGACCGUCUUCACCGUGGAGGACGGAAGGAGGACCUGCAACUGCUACUCCCCCAGGUGCUACUGCUCCGUGGGGGACGGAAGGAGGACGGAAGCCACCGACAGACGAUACGUGGAGGAAAACGAGGACGACCCCCAAGGCUACCCCAGCCCCUCUCCGGAGCCGACCUUCCCCACUCCCCCGCCCCCCACGCCCCCGCAGCCCCCCUCGCCGGACCCGUCGGAUUUCUGGAGAGCAGAGACCAGGCAGGAAGAGGAUCCGGAUGACAUGUUCCUGCCGGGCGCCAUUUCGGACCCCGAACCAGAGCCUGUACGGGACGUGCGCUACUUGGUGUACCGAGUGGACGACGGGGCCGGGUCGAGGGAACUGCUGGGGCAAGUGUCCCUCCCCGAGGACUCCUUCCUGAGCGAGGCACGGCGGGCCAUCGACCGCGACCUGCGGGUCGUAGAAGACUACCGCUUCCUGGAUCAGAACUUCGACACCGUGCUGCACUACCAGGAGAGCUCGCUCGACCUCGACAGGAUCUAUCCCGACCAGGAGAUACACAUACGGCUGCCAGAAAAACCGAAGCCAAAGACUCCUUCGCCCGGUGAGUUGCUUUUCACACCUCAUUUUACGAUUCCGUUACUUUGA